GUAACUUUUAAGUGGUCGGGACGCCGCCCCGCCAGGCCAGGUGCCGCCAAACCCUUGCCCCGCGCCGCGCCGCCGCGCCAGCGCCGCAGGGUGAGCAGGCAUGAUGACUGACUCUCCAUUCCUGGAGCUGUGGCAGUUGAAGUCUGUGUCCAUUCGAGAGCAGCUGGGCCUUGGGGACCAGCCCAAUGACUCCUACUGCUACAACUCUGCCAAAAACAGCACCGUGCUCCAGGGGGUCACCUUCGGCGGCAUCCCUACUGUCCUGCUCAUAGACGUCAGCUGCUUUCUGCUACUAAUCUUGGUGUUUUCCAUCAUAAGAAGAAGAUUCUGGGAUUAUGGGCGCAUUGCCCUGGUGUCAGAAGCAGACAGCGAGCUGAGAUUCCAGAGACUGUCAUCGACUUCUUCCUCAGGGCAACAAGACUUUGAAAAUGAGCUGGGUUGCUGCCCCUGGCUGACUGCCAUCUUCCGUCUGCAUGAUGACCAGAUCCUGGAGUGGUGUGGGGAGGACGCCAUCCACUACCUGUCCUUCCAGAGACACAUCAUCUUCCUCCUGGUGGCGGUCAGCUUCGUGUCCCUGUGUGUCAUCCUGCCUGUCAACCUCUCAGGAGACCUGCUGGACAAAGACCCUUACAGCUUUGGGAGAACGACGAUAGCAAACUUGCAGACCAACAAUGACCUCCUGUGGCUGCACACCAUCUUCUCUGUCGUUUACCUUCUCCUCACCGUGGGCUUCAUGUGGCACCACACCAAGUCCAUCAGGUACAAAGAGGAGAACCUGGUAAGACAGACCCUGUUCAUCACAGGAAUCCCCAGAGAUGCCAAGAGAGAGACCGUGGAGAGCCACUUCCGGGAUGCGUACCUCACCUGUGAGGUGGCAGAUGUCCAGCUGUGCUACAACGUGGCCGAGCUUAUCCACCUGUGCAGGGAGAGGCUCCUGCCUGUCUGUGCCCUGUCCCACUCUCACCUGUCCAGAAAGAAGGCUGAGAAGAGCCUGACCUAUUACACAAACCUUCGGGUAAAGACGGGUGGGCCGACGCUCAUCAACCCCAAGCCCUGUGGUCAGUUCUGCUGCUUUGAAGUGCGGGGUUGUGAGCGGGAGGACGCCAUCUCUUACUACACCCGCAUGAAUGACAGGCUGCUGGAGAAGAUCACGGAAGAGGAGUGCCGGGUCCGGGAUCAGCCCUUGGGAAUGGCCUUCGUCACCUUCCGGGAGAAGGCCAUGGCCACCUACAUCCUGAAAGACUUCAACGCCUGCAAGUGUCAGGGCCUUCGCUGCAGAGGCGAGCCCCAGCCCUCCUCCUACAGCAGGGAGCUCUGCAUCUCCAAGUGGACUGUCACCUUUGCCACCUACCCUGAGGACAUCUGCUGGAAGAACCUCUCCAUCCAGGGCCUCCGCUGGUGGCUCCAGUGGUUGGGAAUCAACUUUAGCCUCUUCCUGGUGCUGUUUUUCCUGACCACACCCUCCAUUAUCCUGUCUACCAUGGACAAGUUCAACGUCACCAAACCCAUCCAUGCCUUGAAUAACCCAGUCAUUAGCCAGUUCUUCCCAACUCUGCUCCUCUGGUCCUUCUCGGCCCUGCUUCCGUCCAUUGUCUACUACUCCACCCUGCUGGAGUCUCACUGGACCAAGUCAGGGGAAAACCGUAUCAUGAUGACCAAGGUCUACAUCUUCCUGAUUUUCAUGGUGCUGAUCCUGCCCUCCCUGGGCCUCACCAGUCUGGAUUUCUUCUUCCGAUGGCUCUUUGACAAGACGUCCUCAGAGGCCUCCGUCAGGUUGGAGUGCGUCUUCCUGCCAGACCAGGGCGCCUUCUUUGUGAACUACGUCAUCGCCUCGGCCUUCAUUGGCAACGGCAUGGAGCUGCUGCGGCUGCCAGGCCUGGUCCUCUACACCUUCCGCAUGAUCAUGGCCAAGACCGCCGCUGACCGCAGGAACGUCAAGCAGCACCAGGCCUUCGAGUACGAGUUUGGAGCCAUGUACGCGUGGAUGCUCUGUGUCUUCACCGUCAUCAUGGCCUACAGCAUCACGUGCCCCAUCAUCGCGCCCUUCGGGCUCAUCUACAUCUUGCUCAAGCACAUGGUAGACCGGCACAACCUCUACUUCGCCUACCUCCCGGCCAAGCUGGAGAAGAGGAUCCACUUUGCAGCCGUGAACCAGGCGUUGGCAGCCCCCAUCCUCUGCCUCUUCUGGCUCUUCUUCUUUUCCUUCCUGCGCCUGGGUCUGAAGGCCCCUGCCACCCUGUUCACCUUCCUGGUGGUGCUGCUCACCAUCCUGGUCUGCCUGGCCUACACCUGCUUCGGAUGCUUCAAACACCUCAGCCCCCUGAACUAUAAGACAGAGGAAUCAGUGAGUGACAAAGGCAGCGAGGCAGAGGCCCCGGUGCCUCCUCCGUUCACACCCUACGUGCCCCGGAUUCUGAAUGGUUUGACCUCGGAGAGGACAGCCUGUCCCCGCAGCAGCAGCAGACUAUGGCGCCAUCCGCAACAUCAGUGGGACUAUCUCUGGGCAGCACUUGGCUCCGAGCCCUGAGGACAGCGUGGCUUCUGCGUACCAGGAGGCGUGAGGGUGGACAAGCUGCAGGUCUCUGCUGGGCUCAGGGAAGCCCUGAAGACUCAGGUGGAUAAGGGACUUGAAACCUCAGCCAAUUCACAACUGAAGUUCCUGGGGCUUGAACUGAAGGCCUGGAGCUUCAUGCU